AUCAAUGGAGAGAUACAAGGCUCGGACUAUAGCUUCAAGGUUCUCUCAACAAUAUGGACUAGACUAUGAUUAAACAUUUAGACCAGUAGUGAAGAUCACUGUCGUACAGGUUCCUCUAAUAUUUGUGGCAAAUAAAAUUGAAAAUUAUGGCAGAUGGAUAUGAAGAAUGUUUUCUUGCAUGGAGAGUUGGAUCGGGAGAUCUACAUGAACCAACCAAAUGAAUUUGAAAAUGGAGUUGAAGACAUUUGGAUGCAGCUCGACAGAUCUUGCGAUAUGUCAAAAGUACAAUCGAUUAUGGUCUUUUGUACAAAAGAAGUGAAGACUACAAGCUAGCUGGAUACUGUGAUGUUGACUAUGUAGGAGAACACGAUACCCGAAGAUCAAUCACUAGGUAUGUGUUCAAGCUCGAUUCGAGAACAAUUUCUUAGUGUAGCAAAAGACAACCAACAGUAUCAUUGUCAACUACAGAAGCAGAGUACAAAGCAACGACUGAAGCAGCUCAAGAAAGUACAUGACUAAAACUCUUAAUGAAGAUUUGUAUCAGAAAAUUAACUAUCCAAUACCAUUUCAUUGCAACAAACCAAUCUGCAAUUCGUCUAGUAGAAAAAUCGAUGUUUCAUGCUAGAACAAAGCAUGUGGAGGUGCACUACCAUUUCAUUAGAGAAAAAGUCCUAAAGGAAGAAAUCGAGAUGCAAUAGAUCAAGCAAAAUGAUCAAGCGGCAGACUUGUUUACAAAAGGGCUAAAUACUGAUAAGCAUGAGAGUUUUCGACAUGGUACAACGAAUGAGAACUUCUACAGAAGGGGAGUGUUAAAAUAUAACCACUAGCUUAAUAGGGUCAAACCCAAUAACUACAUGAGCCCGUUGUAUACAUAUUUUAGGAAAAUGAUUUAGAUAUUUAUACCUAUAUAUUUUAGAAAAAUUAUUAAGGUAUCUUAGAAAUAAAGAUACUUAACUUUUUUUAUAAAAAGAUACAGACAUUUCUGGAAUAAAUUAUUAGAUGUUUCAUGAAUAAAUUGUCUAGUCUCUACUAUCAAUACCCCUCCACCCUACAAAAGUUUUCAUUCCAAGAAAUCUAAAUCACAAUAAAGCAGUAGCCACCUACCAAGAUUUUAAUCACUAAUAGUUUCUACAAAAUGUCUUACAAAGAGUAUGACCACGUAAACCUAAGGUAUAGCCUAAAAAAGCUUGUAGCUUAGAAAUGAACUCCCAAGUAUGAACAAGACACCGAACAAAUGAAUAAAUGGACCUAUGACAUGAUACUUAAGAACAAAUUAAGAACUAAAAGUAAGCACUUAUUCACAUUUUUAUACCUAUUCAUGCUACUUUAAUUCUUUUCAAAUAAGGAUUACAUAGAGCAAUCAAGGCGAGGGUGUGCACAAAAUACGAGGCUAGGGGUCAGACUAGAUCGGUGUCUUUGUGUUUCUCAAAUUUUACACUUUUCACUAACUCAAUCUUGUAUUUUGCCUUUGUCAUUCCCCAUGGUAAGUUGGGUCAUACUUUUUUCCUCAAGUGAUAUUGACUACGGUUUUAUUGGAAUUUCUUUUAUCAAAUAUUUGAGUCAAUAAUAUCUAUGGCUUGAGCCCAAACACCCAAACUAUCUACCUUCAUAUCAAAUCAAAUAAAAAAAGAUGAGAAAGAGAGAAAAAGGGGGGAAUGAUUAAGCUCAUCAUCAAUGGUGAUGGAGCUGUAGCUUCCCGCUAAGGCAAAGGUAACCAUUGUCUCCUUCAAACCUAUCUUCAAAAGUAAGGAAUAAGUGUUGUAUGCAAAAUCCAUGUGAAUGAAUGGAUGAAGCAACCACUUAUUAGUUUGUUUAGUCACUUAUUAUAUUCACCUAAACCCCACCUUUGCUUGCUGCCCCUACUCUCUUCCUUCUUAUAAAACUCCCUCUAAAUCAUCCAUUUUUCAUCAACAAAAUGGAUGAUUCCUCACAUUUUGAACUUAAGAUCAGCCCUACCAGAGAGGAUGAUCCUUCCUCAACCUUUGAGCUUCACUUGCUCAAGACCACUUCCACUCAUUCUUUCUUCUCUGAUGAAACCAAUUCCAUGUUCCUUCUCACUGCCAAACUCCCAGGUUUUGCAAGAGACGACAUUGUGAUAACUAUCAAUGGAAGCGGUACUCGGAUCGAGAUUAGUUGGGGACAACCUGUUCAGAAAAUGGAGAUUACGAGAUGGACGUACAAGAAAGAAACAGAGACAAGGAGGUUCAAGAAGAUCUUUCGAAUUCCAGAUGGUGUGAUUUUGGAUGAAAUCAAGGCCACUUAUAAUGAUGAAAAGUCCAUUUUGAAGAUUUUGAUGCCCAAAUUGGAGGAGGGGAUCCUUGGAGUAGGAAUUCAAGAAGUGAAGGAACAGGAAGCUGGCAAAGCCACAUUUGAAUCUCAGGAUUCUGAAGCUGAGGCGAUUCCACAUACACCUACAGACCUUGAGACUCCGGAAACGGGCAAAGAGACCAAAUUAAUUGAAGAUACUCAUGGAAAUGGAGAAUUUGGAGGAGAAAAUGCCAAGCAGGAAGCAUUUUCCAAGAUAGAAUAUGCAGCAGAAACAACCCCAGAAGAGAUCGAGAAGCUGAAGGGCAAUGAGAUGGAAGAUACUGAUGGAGGUUCCAAUGACUACUCUGAAAGUGAACAACUAGAAACAGGAGCAACAAAAGCUACAGAGUAUGAGGGCACAAAAGAAAAUAUGAAUGGACAAAUAAAGGUCCCUAAAGUUACAAGUAUGGAAGGAAUAGAAGUAGCGGAAGGAACAUCACAAGAAACAGCCAAUCAUCAAAAAGAAAAAGAAGGCAAUGCUAAAGAACAUAAUGGUGAUAUGGCAACCAUGAUAAAAAAGAAACCAGAUGUCAAAACACAAUCACAAGCUUCAAUCGAUCAAGAGCAGGAAAAUUUUAAGCGAAAUCGACAUACUCGAGCGGAGCUGGGGAAGCCGGAAACAUAUAGAAACACUCGGGAAUUGAAAGAACCUGAAGAUAUAGAAAUUCCAUAUUUGCAAAGCCCUGCACACGAGCAUGAAGAAAAAGAAGUUGAUCAAAAAGGAAAAAGUUCCCAAACAAAAGAUGAAACUAAAGAAGCAAGAGAAGAAUGCAAUUCACCACAGAAGGUGACACAUCAAGAUUCGAGCAAGGAGGCAAAGCAAGAGAAAAAACAGUUUAAAAUGCGUAUUCCAAUCAUCGUUGCAGGGUCAGCUCUUGUCGCAUCCCUUGUAAUUGUUGUGUUUAGCUUGGUAAAAAGUAAAAAACGAGAGAAAAAUAUGAGAGGUUAAAAAUGCUGAAGAAAU